AUGGCGAUAUCCACCUCCUCCCGGCUCGUCAUUCAUCAAGACGUGCUCAGCUGGUUGCAACAUCGACCAUUUGCAUCAGCAUUCACCUUGCUCGUCGUCUACAUUACCUACAAACUCGCCAUCAAGCCCAUCCUCUUUCCCUCUCCCUAUCGUCAUCUACCACGGCCCGAACGAGCAUCGUAUAUUCUUGGUCAGCGGAUUGUUGAAGCCAAUGGCCUGACAUACAUCGACGCUUCCACCAACCAGCGUGUCAAGGUCAGCGGACCGGGCGAAGUAUGCAAGCACUACGCUCGCACGCUCGACACCUCGGUGUUUGUCUUUCCGGAACCUUUUGGUGGUGAAACCCUCUUCAUCUCGGAUCCAUUUGCGCUGAAUGCGAUCCUUGCUGAUGUCGACAAGUUUCAAUCGGAUCUGCUACGAACGACGAUCAUCGAGUUUAUCGUUGGAAAAGGCAUCGUAGCACGCUUCGGAGAUGCACAUCGAAAACAGCGCAAGCUCAUGGCGCCCGCAUUUACUCCGGCACACAUCAAAGGGCUGACGCCGAUUUUUGCCAAGUACGCCCAGCUCAUGUGUCACAAGAUCGCCUUGGCGGACGAUGAGAGUGUCGAUUUUGCCGAGUACCUCGAUUGCACGAUGCUCGACAUCAUUGGUGAAGCUGGCUUUGGCUACAGAUGCUCAGCUCUGGAACGCGGCAGAGGCGGAUCAGAGCUUUCGUCGGCAUUCAACUCGGUCAAUCAAGCCGCGAUCGAUUUCGGACCCGCCCGAGCGAUCCACCUGGGUCUUUCGGCAAUGCUGUAUCCGCGCGCAUCCAUCUGGCCUUUGUCUGAAGCGAAUCGACGGAUCGCCAAAGUUAACCGCGUUAUGGACCGUAUCACGAUGCAGAUUGUUCGCGAGGCAAAAUCGCGCGUCGAAAAGGAAGGUGAAGAUCUCGGCGACAAGAAGGACCUUCUUUCGCUGCUGAUCAAAAGCAACCUAGAUGCGCGCAUCGGCGAGAGGAUGACGGACAAGGAGAUCUCGGGUCAGAUUCAAACCUUCAUGUUUGCGGGAUACGAAACAAGCUCUGUGACCACCUCGUGGACGCUCUACUUCCUCGCACGACAUCCUGAAGUACAGAACAAACUGCGCAACAUCCUCACCGCCACACUUUCCGAACGCAAAGGCAUACCAUUGGAAGAACUCGAUGUGUCCACAUUGGAAUACGACGACGUCUGGUGUCAAGACUUGGAAUAUUUCGACUGGAUACUGGCCGAGACACUGAGAUUGUGUCCACCUUUGUCAGGGAACGAUCGGCAAGCGAUGCAGGAUAGCGUUUUGCCGCUCAUGACGCCCGUCAAGAUGACUAAUGGCGAAAACGUGUCUCAGUUGAUGGUCAAGAAGGGGUCGAGGUUGACCAUUGGUAUCAAGACGGUCAACUGCGACAGAAAGCUGUUCGGCGAUGAUGCCGAUGAGUUUCGGCCAGAGCGCUUCGCCGAGCUGCCACAGAGACACGCGGAAGCCAAGCUCCCACCGUACGCCACGUAUUCUUUCUUUGGCGGUCCCAAGUCUUGCAUCGGUUCCAAAUUCGCACUCACCGAAAUGAAAGUGAUCAUCAUCGCCGUCCUCUCCCGCUUCCAGCUAUCGCCCGAGCCCGGCGUGACUAUCAAACAACACCAGGCGCUCAUCGUCCGUCCUCGCGUAGAAACGUCUACUGGAGGUCCAGCAGCCGGAAUGCCACUCCGCAUCAAACGGCUGCCUCACCAAGUUUCCGUCUGA